CAGAGCUCCAAUUCUCAAGUUAUUGCUGCUGUUUAAAGCUUUGAUCUAGGAGAAUAUAGGAGAAAAAGAAAAAAAGAAAAGGAUGGUUAUGGAGGAAAGUGAUAAGCCAAUUGAGGUAAGAGCUAUUGAAUCUUUGGGAAAAGGAUUUGAUAUUAGCGGAGAUUUCAGGUUGAAAUAUGCUAAAGGAACGAGGUUGGUGGUGCUUGAUGAGACCAAUAAAAGAGACAUUGUAUUGCCAGGUGCUUUUACUCUCAAAGAUGUUUCGCAAGAUAUUCAUCUUGAUAAAGGCGAUCGUAUCCGAUUCAAAUCAGAUGUUCUUGAAUUCAAUCAGAUAUCUGAGUUACUUAAUCAGAAGUCUUCAAUACACGGAAAAGUUCCUUCAGGCUAUCUUAACACUGUUUUUGAUUUGAGUGGAGACUGGCUUCAUGAUGCUGCAGACACCAAAAAUCUUGCUUUUGAUGGUUACUUUAUUUCAUUAUACCAUUUACAUAUUACUGCAUCUCCACUUAUCCUACAUGAUAGCAUUAAGAAAUCUGUUCCAUCUCACUGGGAUCCAGCAGCAUUGUCUAGGUUCAUACAAACAUAUGGGACACACAUAAUAGUCGGCAUGGCUAUUGGAGGUCAAGAUUUGCUAUGUGUCCGACAGAACUAUUCCUCUACAAUUCCUCCUCCUGAGCUCAGAGGGUAUUUGGAGGAUCUUGGAGAUGUUAUGUUUUCAGAUGGGAAAAGCCCUUCAUUACUACAGAGAAAAACAAGAGACGGCAAACAAAAAGUGCCGGAGGUCUUUAACCACAUUUUGCAGUCAAAAUCAUUGCAGCUGGCCAGCAUUGCAGAAACGUCAAGCAAAGAUGGACUCACUAUCAUUUCAUCAAAAAGAGGAGGAAAUGUGUUCUUGCAGAGUCACUCCAACUGGCUCCAGACUGUACUGGCUAAACCAGAAGGAAUUUUGUUCAAGUUUGUUCCAAUUACUUCUCUUCUGACUGGAAUUCCUGGAAGUGGGUAUCUUAGCCAUGCGAUCAACUUGUAUCUUCGUUACAAACCUGCUCCAGAGGAUUUACGUUAUUUCUUGGAGUUUCAAGUUCCACGGCAAUGGGCCCCUAUGUUCUGCGAGCUGCCUCUUAGGCAUCAGAGGAAAAAAUCUUCUUUCCCUUCCCUGCAAUUUGCUUUCUUGGGCCCUAAGAUACACGUCAGCUGUACGCAGGUUUCAAGUGAUCUGAAACCUGUAGUUGGCCUCCGUUUGUACUUGGAUGGAAAGAAAUGCAACCGAUUAGCAAUACAUGUGCAACAUCUCUCAAGUCUGCCAAGUAUGAUGUUAUCCACUUCCGACAGACCAUGCCGAUGGCGAGGUUCAGAUGACUAUAAGUCCAGUGAUCAAUUUUUAGAGGCGGUCAGGUGGAAGAGAUACUCGAAUGUUUGCACAUCUGUUGUCACUCAUGAUCCUAACUGGUUGCAAGAAGUUCCAAGUGGUGUUUUUAUCGUAACUGGUGCACAGCUCCUUUGCAAAGGGAAGUGGCCAAAGACAGUUUUGCAUCUUCGUCUUCUGUACAAUCAUAUACCCAACUGCACUAUCAGGAAGACUGAGUGGGCAGCUGCACCGGAAACUUCUCGUAAGGCCAAUUUCCUCACAAAUCUUAGCUCGGCUUUCUCCUUUACUCAACGGACAGUCAUCGGACAACAAAAGCAGGCUCCAACUGCACUUAAUUCAGGAGUAUAUCCUGAUGGUCCACCCAUACCAAUUAGCUCCGUAAAACUGCUAAGGUAUGUUGACAUAUCGGAGGUAGUGCGCGGUCCACAUGAUGCACCGGGACAUUGGUUGGUAACUGCAGCCAAGCUAGUGAAUGAAAGUGGUAAGAUUAGCUUGCAAGUAAAGUUUGCAUUGUUGGAUUAUCCAUGACUUUCUGCCUCUAUUGUACAUAUCGUGAGACUAAUAUA